AUGACAGAUUCACCACACGCAGAGCUGCGGAACGGCAUCUCAGAGAUGUUCACAGGGGUGGAAUCGCCCAUCACAUCCUCGUCCUCGGCGAGUGGGAGCAGCUCGAACGGGUAUGCCAAAGGAUUCGCAAGUGGGGAGCCUAAUCCCGAUCAUGGGGUCAUCACUCCGCUUGGAUCGCCUCAGCUCUCACCUACAUCGUUAUCAGGACUAUCGUUGUCGUCCGAUGGAGAGCUGGAGCAAGAGGUGGAUAUGGACCUGGACGUCUCGGCGGCCGACGCAGAGAAGGCUCAGGAGAUUAAAGUCAAGGCCAAUAAGGCUUUCGCAGACAAGGACUUUGCGACCUCAAUAGAGCUCUAUACCGAGGCUAUACAUCUGAAUCCCAAAGAUUCUACCUUCUGGAAUAAUCGAGCGAUGAGUAAGGGCAAGAUGGAGGAGCAUGGGGGAGCUAUUGCGGAUGCUACCCGCGCCAUCGAGAUCAACCCCAAAUACGCCAAAGCCUACUUCCGCCGUGGUCUCUCCUACCUCUCCAUCCUCCGCCCUACCCUCGCCGUACCCGAUUUCAAGAAAGCUCUUGAUCUUGACCCGACAAGCAAGCCCGUCCAAGCUCAACUGGCCGCCACCAAGAAGCUGAUCUAUGCUAUCGAGUUCGAAAAGGCAAUCUCAAUAGGAGAAACCAAGACCACCUCGACUCGGUGUCUGGAGAUGAUCGAUCAGGGCGCGUGUAUGCUCGACCUCAAACAAAAGUCCGAACACAUGCCCCUCCCUAUCAUCCCUGACGACCCGAAGGCGAGAUAUACACCCACGGCGGAAUGGGUCGAGGGGAUGAUUGAGAGCUUCAAGAAGGGCGGGAAGGUGCCGCGGCGGGUAGCAUGGGAGAUUGUGCUGGGUGUCAAGGCGGCGGUAGAGAAGGAGAAGAGUCUGGUGGAGAUUGAGAUACCGAAGGGAUGUACAGUGGAGAUUAUUGGGGAUAGUGAGUCUCAAUUCUUCGACGUCUGCAACCUCCUGUCAAUGACAAAACCACCAUCAGAUACGCAUUAUCUUGUCUUCAACGGCGACCUAGUAGACCGCGGAAGCUGGUCCGUGGAGGUUGCCCUCACGGUGUUCGCGUACAAGUGGCUCUUCCCAGAACGGGUGUUCAUCAACCGCGGGAACCACGAGACCAACGACAUGAACAAGGUAUAUGGAUUUGAAGGGGAAUGUAAAGCCAAGCUGGGCGAUAUGACCUACAAGCUGUUUGGGGACGUCUUCACCAUGCUGCCUCUCGCUACCCUCGUCACUGCCUCCCAGCCGCCCUCAAACCCCAAAAGCGAAGGCUCGCAACCCGCCAUUCUCUCGCCAGAAGGCAAGAAGCGGUACUUUGUCGUACACGGUGGUCCACCAGUCAGCAAGGAUGGGGUCACGCUGGAUGAGGUGCGGGAUAUCAAGCGCUUUGGUGCCCAGCCCGGUCAGGAGGGUUUGAUGUGCGAGUUGCUCUGGACAGAUCCGCAAGAACAGCCCGGUCGCGGUCCGUCAAAACGAGGCGUCGGUCUCGGCUUUGGCCCCGACGUGACUCGGCGCUGGUGCGACCUCAACUCGAUCACCGCCGUCAUCCGCUCACACGAGGUCCGGGCCGAAGGCUACGCCAUCGAGCACGACGGACUCUGUAUCACCACCUUCUCAUGUCCCAACUACUGCGACAAUGUCGGCAACUCGGCGGCGUACAUUACGAUGCAGGACGAUGGGGAGCUGAGUUAUCAUCAGUUUGGACCGGUGCCUCAUCCGGACGUCAAGCCUAUGGCGUACGCGAGCGGGUUCUCGGGGAUGUAG